AUGGCACCCAACAAAAGAGUGGGUGCGGCCUAUCGUGCAAUGGGAAGUCUUGGAAUUGAUGAAUCGAAAGUGAAAUCAGCGUUAAAGAAACUCCUUAAAGUGUUUGAUAAAAACUGGGAACUUAUAGAGGCAGAGAACUAUCGAGUUCUAGCAGAUGCAAUAUUUGAAGACGACGAUAAUAUGGUUCCCGAGAUGAAAAAGAAAACCCGGACAGAGGAUAUACAUGACACUCAUGAUUCUUUGCCUUCCUUUUCAAACAACCAGGAAGAUGAGACAGAGUGUGAAGAGGCUCAGAUGCAUAUUGAAAGCGUCCAACCUUUAAAAAGGUUGCGAUUAAGAGGCCAGGAGAGUCAGCCUUUGCAUCCUCUGACUAACUGUGCCACUAGUCCCCCAUCAAAAAGGGCUAAAUUAGAAGAUAAUGCAUUACACGAGGCUUCUUCUGGGAAGAAGCCUCAAGACAAACCAGGGUCAUCUGAUGGGAAUCCAAGGAUUGAAGCACAGCCACUUCCACCUCAAGAUGACAUUGUUGAUAAGGGAAAGCAACCUGCAUCAACCCAAGUUUUGCAAAGAGGAAGGAAACUUACAUCUGAAAGAGCGUCUCCAUCCAUACCAUCAAAAGAACCAACAGUUGAAGCAGGGAAGUUUCUGUUGCCAAACAACACAAUGCCUCGUCCUCACACCAUGAUCAUACCUAAGGAUGAGCCUAUUGAUGAAGUGCUUGAUUAUGAAAUGCCCAUUGCAGUGGAGAGGUUGUUUAAUGAUUUUUUCCUCUCAGAACCAUCAAGUGUAAGGGACUCGUCUUUGAAGAAUGAUAUAGCUGGAAAGCAUGUUAGCCAUGUUACCGUGACAUCAUCAGAAUGCAGAGAUGGAGUCAGAGAUGAAGAUGUUAUUCCAACCUCAAAUGAAGAAGCCACUUGUAAUAUAGAGCUAGCCUCGUCAACCCUUGGAGAUGUAAAACUUUCGUUGAGCUGCAGCUCAGCUCUUCAGGGAUCAGAUUUUCGUAUGCCUAGUCGAGAUCAACUUAUAAAAAUGAUGGAGGAUAAAUGUCUGCGUUCAUAUAAAAUUGCUGACCCAAAUUUCUCUGUCAAGAAACUGUUGAGAGAUAUAUGCGAUUGCAUGUUGGAAUUCAGAAACACUUCUAAUGAUGACCCAGAAGAAAGUUCUAUGAAUGUUGAUGCGUCAAAGAAUUCACAAGCGCCUAGCACGCUGAGUGUGGUAAGAAAUAAAGAUUUGGACAUGUUUUGUCAUAUUUCAAAUGGAUCCAUCAAUGUUAAACCUUAUGAUCCCCAAAGUUUCCUUCCUCUUGCCCCCCUGAAUGGUCUGAAUGAUGCUGUAUUGGUUUCUGAGAUGGAUCAAACAACAAAUGAUUUUUUGCAAAAUAAUGUCAGGACAGAGCUGGAAGAUUCUAUGUCUCCAAACUCACAUAGUUUAGUGGUUUUUCCUCAGAAUGAGCUUACAGCUGAUGAUAUAAGGUCUUUUCAUGAUGUUAGUGACCUUACAAAAGGAGAAGAAAAUGUCGGAAUUCCUUGGGUCAAUGAAACUACUAAUGAUUUCCCACCAUCUUUUAACUACAUAACCCAAAACCUUGUGUUCCGAGAUGCUUUUGUUAACAUUUCUCUGUCACGUGUUGGCAUUGAGGACUGUUGUUCAACUUGUAUGGGAAAUUGUGUCCUGUCUAUUCCCUGUGCUUGUGCAAAUAAAACUGGGGGUGAAUUUGCAUAUGGUCCUCUUGGCCUACUGAAGGAACGAUUCUUGGAAGAGUGCAUUGCCAUUAGUCGCAAUCCUCAAAGACAUUUCUUCUUUUGCAAAAAUUGCCCACUUGAAAGAUGUAAGAAUGAUGGUGGUUUAGAUCCUUGUAAAGGACACUUGAAGAGGAAGUUUAUUAAAGAAUGCUGGUGCAAAUGUGGCUGUGGGAAACAGUGUGGCAAUAGGGCUAUCCAGCGUGGAAUAACUAGCAAAUUGCAGGUGUUUUUCACUUCAGAAGGUAAAGGGUGGGGUCUUCGAACCUUAGAGGACCUGCCAAAAGGUGCAUUUGUGUGUGAGUUUGUUGGAGAAAUUUUAUCCGUUAAAGAGUUGCACGAGAGGAGCAUGAAAUGCACUGAAAAAGGGAAAUAUACAUACCCAGUACUACUGGAUGCAAAUUGGGAUUCAGGAUAUGUGAAGGACGAAGAAGCUCUAUGCUUAGAUGCAGCUUCGUUUGGCAACAUUGCAAGGUUUAUCAAUCACAGAUGUUUUGAUGCAAACUUGGUUGAGAUUCCAGUUGAAGUUGAGGAUCCUGGUCAUUAUUACUAUCAUUUUGCUUUUUUCACUGCCAGAAAAAUAGCAGCGCAGGAGGAGCUAACAUGGGAUUAUGGCAUUGACUUUGACGACAAUGAUCAUCCUGUCAAGCUGUUCCAGUGCAGAUGUGGCAGUAAAUUUUGCAGGCAUAUGAAGAGUAUCUUAUACGGACUCAUUGUAUUCGAGCAUAAUAGGAAAUUGAGGUUUUUCUUGCGUUUUGACCGGGGACUCAGAAUUAUAUAG